AUGACUCUUCUUAAAACCCCUCAUUUAGUCUCAUUAUACAAGGAUGCUCAUGCCUAUCCUCAUCGCGAGAACCCAUCAAUUGAAUUUUGGGUAACAGUACUCUAUUACUUUUUACCCGCUCCUGUUUGGAAUCAUGCUCGAGAAUUCCCUCCAGAUUUGAACAACCCGCGAGAUCUUCGAAGAAUAGAUAUCGUCUCUAGAAAAUUUGUCACCAAGCAAUCCAACUAUUUCUACAGCGGCAUACUUGAGGGUAAAAAGCCAAACUAUAAUCAGGAUGAUGUUGAUACGGUGGAGGAGCAGCUACACGGAUAUUCAUCUGCCUACAAUGAUUCAUGCGAUGAAACGAGUCUUUGGGGAUUUACAACACUCGGCACCAAGAUACGAUUUUGGUUCUACAAGAGAGCUGGCAACGGUUUGGUUGCAUAUUUUCUACAAACUACAGCUUCAUACACCGAUGCACCAUACAUCGACGCCAAUGCACGAGAAACGGAGGAUCUGGAAGCAGCUUUCGAGUAUAUUAAAAACAACCCCUGGCCAACUGAAAAUACGAGAGGUGUAUCACCGGAUAUCCUCACUCAACCUCCCAGCACGAUUCCUUUUUCUGGGACGACUGUAUCGCCUCUUAGAUUAACUUCCCAUCCGCACAUUCAUACAGUUCCGCCAGNGCAGAUCACCGGAUAUCCUCACUCAACCUCCCAGCACGAUUCCUUUUUCUGGGACGACUGUAUCGCCUCUUAG